CGAAUUUGUUUAAUUUAGUUUUGUGGGAAAACGCGCGUGAAUGGUUUAGUUUUUUUUAGUUUUUAAGUUAAUGAAUUUGUAAGAACUAAUGCCGGUGUCGAUAUAAGUUUAAGCAAGACACAGCAUUUACAUUUGUUUUGUUGCAUCGUAAACCUAAGGAACAAAAGGAAGAAGCAUUAAACGUAUACCUAACGACGGCAGCGCUAAGGUAUUACAACUACAAUAUAAAACUUCACUAUAUUAGUGUAUGAAUAAUAAAGAUGGGUCGCAGUCCAUCUCCGUCGCAUAGAAGGCGUGAAAAAGAACGUUCCGAACGUAAAAAAAGAAGAGAACGCCGAUCACGAGAACGUGAAAGGGACCGCGACCCGGAGGUGGUACCAUCAAGCAGUACUGGCCGUACAUUAAGGCGCAGGUCACCGCAUCGCCACGACCGUGAUAGAGAUCGCAGCCGGAGCCGGAGUCGGGAAAGAGAACGUAGUGAAAGGAAUAGCAGACGACGGUCGAGGUCUCGUUCACAUGGUCAUGCUUCUACCUCAGCGUCAACAUCUACACGCCGCCGUGCUGGUACCAGUUCACGUGAAGAACGUCCCAAAAUUAGUGAAGCCGAUUUGGAGGGAAAAUCGCCUGAAGAAGUUGAAAUGCUUAAAACAAUGGGUUUCUGUACGUUCGACACAACAAAAAAUCGUAAAGUUGAGGGCAAUGAUGUCGGAGAAGUACAUGUAAUCCUAAAACGCAAGUACCGUCAAUAUAUGAAUCGUAAAGGUGGCUUCAACCGUCCUUUGGAUUUUGUAGCAUAGUUUUGUCAUAUAAAUGUCAGUCACAUAUGUUAUGCUACAAGCUAUGCUGCUUUCUAGUUUUAUUGUUAUUUUUUGUUAGCGAUGGUGAUGAUAAUGAACAAACAUCAUCACUUUCGAAACAAAAGCCUGCAAUUUUAUGCAAUAGACCGGUUUACAAAAUUUUCACAUUUUAUCAAAUCAAAAUUUCCAUCACAUACAAACCUACCUCUCUCUAGUUGUUAAAUAAUAGUAAUAUUUAUAGGACUAUAUCUUUUUAAAUCAUUACUUAAUUAUACAUACAUAUUUCUUUAUUAUUUCCAUCGUGUUACAAAAACGUUAUAAAUGUUAAGAUUGAAAAGUUAUUUCUUGAUACUUUACUGUUAUAUGGAAUUAUCAACAGGGGCCGAAUCGCAUUCAGUAUCGAGUAAAAUUAAUCGUAAUUUUCUUUUGAGAUUAUAUAUGGCAUUCGAUAUCGAACAAGAAAUUUAGUACUUUUUAUUAUAAUAUCUAUAAAGAAAUUAUUUAUCGAUACGAUAGCUCAUUCGAUCACGAAUGCGGUAAUUCGGCCCCAAAUUUAAAUUAACUUAAUAUGUUGUAAAUACAAUUUUCCAGAGUAUUUUAUGAUAAAUUUAUAUAUUCGUAAUUCUUUUUUUGUGCGUUCGUUUGAAUAAUAUUUAAUUUGUAAUUGGACAUUGAAACAAACAAACGAAACGUUACAUUAAAGUAUUAUAUGAAAAAAUACUUGUUAUGAAUUAACUGGUAUUUAUAAAUUCAUGAUACAAUUUUCAAAAAAUUUCCCAUUAAAAAUCCCCGUCAUACAUACACACAACACAAUCCUCCAUACACUGCAAUAGUACAACUUUUUGUUAAUUAGAUUUUAAUUAAAUUGUGAUUUUUUUUAUAAAAUAAUUACUAUAAAAAAAAACUUAUUUACACAAAUAACUCCAGCCCUAAAAACCCAAAUCCUACCCUACAUAUAAUCACACAUCCUCCACAGUCCCAUACAAUAGACCAAAUAUGCAAUAGCCAGGGAUUUUUUAUAUUUACACAUUGUUAAAUAGAACAGAUUUUUGUUUUGUUUUUUAUAUACAUUUAAAUAUGUAUACAUAAAUAAAUAAAUAAAAAUAACUGAAAUAAUCUACAAUAAAACUAAUAUAUAAUUUUAAGUGAUAUCAAAUCGUUUAUUGUAUAAAUAACAAACAGUUAACACUUAAUUCAAUCACAAGUGCCGAUACAAUUUAUUAUCAGUUAAACAAAAAGAUACAUACAUAUUUGCUUUCUGAACAAUUUUAUUAUUUACUUAUUCUUUCUUUAGACAGUUUUUAUUAUCAGCCAUUAUUUUACAAUAGUUGAAGUUUGGCUUAACAGGAUUAACAAAUUUUAUAUUUGGCUCAUAAUCUACUACAUAAAACAUAUACAUACAUACAUUUGUACAUAUGUAUGUAUAAACCUCUGCCCUUCGUUGGAUGGAAAUAUUUAAAAAAAUAUUUUAUUGAAGUCUUUAUUGAAGACAUAAAAACCAGUACGAAUAAAAAUUAAUCAGGUCAUACGCAUUUUCCCAGACAUCCAUUUAAUUAUGUAAAUCAAAAAUGCGUGUAACAAUUAUUUAACCAUUAUUCUUCUUCUGGAAAAAUGGAUUCCAAAAUGUUUAUUUUAAUGGAACGGUCUAAUAUUUAUGUAUAUAAUGUAUGUAUGUAUAUCACUAAUAAUAAACAUAUUUGUACUUUUAUUUUUUAAAGAAAUUGCAGGAUUUUUUUAUUUUUUAUAAACUAUAUAAAAUGUAAUAAUUUAUUUUUACUAUUCUGAUCAAUAAACGAUACAAAGAUUUUCUUUGGUAAUUAUA